AUGGUUCUACGUUUUGAGUACCUUUUAGUGGGGAUCCUGACCGUAUGGAUGCUUCAGACUAGUAUUGAAGUCGGUGCAACGGAAACACUCCACAACAGCGUACAGGGCAGGUUGGAAACUCUCCUCCAGAAGAUCAGAAAGAGGGGCGAAAACGAUGCCUGCAACGGGACGGUAGCGAAUGCAGCAGAAAGCAACGAUUCCAGAAGAAACCUGACUUGCACUGGCAAAGACACACCGCUGCCAUCCUCAAAAAAUCUCCUGGGGGAUUCUAAGAAGACGCAAUCCAGGCAAAAAGCCAAGACAAGGAACUCCUCGAAAGACAACAGCUAUGACCUACACAUGCCGACCCCCAUCAGUAAGAAGACAGCGUUGUUUCUCCUCAUCCUGUCCGCGACGUCGCCAAUCGUCGGUUUGGUGUUCAUCCUCUCCCCUUGCUUCGACAGCAACCCGAGUCACCGUGACCAGAACGGGACCGGCCCGAGGAGGCUGUCCUCGGCGGACGAUCCCGACAGCACGAGCGCUCAGAUACACAUAGAGCUGGCCACGGCCGGGCCGCAGGACAACGGGCAGGAAGCCGGGAAAGUCGAGAAACAACAGUCGCUGGAGAAGGUGUCCUGUUCGUCUGAAGAGACCUGCAUGACUCCGAUAGCAGACAAUGGGAUGACCAUGGCCAACUCCAAUGACAAGUGA